AUUGACGUAACAAGCUGUGAUUUAUCUGCGAGAAAUUUAUCAUGCCAACAACAUCCGUUUCAAUAGUGAUGCACACACUCUAAAGAUACAGGUAACUCUCAGAACGUGGAUCUUUUAACAGUUGAACUGAUUUUCAUUAUCAAGAAAUAACAAUGGAGAUGACGGAUAUAGGAAACGGAUAUCAAAAUGGCGCCAGUCCUAACCCGUCGAAUAAGACGGAGGAAGCGAAAAUGAGCAAGAAUGUUAUCCUAAAAAAUAUUGUGGUGGUCAGCUUCGGGUUUCUGUUUCUAUUUACAUCUUUUCAGUCGUUAUCGAACUUGCAGAGUUCCCUGAACAAGGAAGAUGGUCUCGGUACAGGAGGACUGUCAGUCGUAUAUGGCGCUCUUGUAGUAUCGUGCAUGUUCUUUCCGGCUUUUAUUGUUGGUCAAUUCGGCUGUAAGUGGACUAUUGGCCUGUCUAUGAUAUGUUACAUUGUGUACAUGGCUGCCAAUUUCUACGCGGUUUGGGGAACAAUGGCGGUAGCGUCAAUAAUCGUCGGGUUAGGUGCUGCCCCCCUGUGGUCUGCAAAAUGUACCUACCUCACACAGACUGCUGUUUGGUACGCCAAACAAACAGGUGCCACCGAAGAUGACGUCAUCAAUAGGUUCUUUGGAUUUUUCUUCAUGGUUUUCCAAACGAGUCAGGUAUGGGGAAAUUUGAUUUCUUCCACUGUCUUCAGUCAACGCCCUGAAAAUAUUACUGAACCGUCGGCUGAGGAUCUAGAGAAAUGUGGGGCUGUCUUUGACCCAACCGUGUCCACAGUUAACAAUACAAACCUGGCCAGACCGCCACUUGAAAAGGUAUACAUCGUCUGCGGAAUAUACAUCGCCUGUGGCUGUGUAGCUUUCCUCAUCAUCGCUGGUCUCCUCGAUCGAAUUCAAUUGGACAAGGACAAAGAUAUCCCCGAGGAGGACCGGAGGCUCUCCCCCAAACUUCUUAUCGCAACCUUCCGCCAUUGGUGGGAUUCCCCGUACCAGAAGCUUCUGAUGCCUCUAACCAUUUACAGUGGUAUAGAACAGGCUUUCAUCACCGGUGACUACACAAAGACCUAUAUUAGCUGCACACUUGGUAUCUGGAAUGUUGGUUACGUUAUGAUUUGUUACGGAGUUGUCGACGCUAUCUGCUCGUUUACAUUCGGACGUCUGGUGCAGUAUGUUGGACAUAUUCCGUUCUUUAUCCUUGCAUUCCUCGUGCACGGGGGUUCUUUAAUCGGUCUACUGCUGUGGAAGCCAAAUCCGGAUCAAUUGUAUCUAUUCUACAUAUUUGCCGCCCUAUGGGGCAUGGGCGACGCUGUUAUACAAACACAGAUCAACGCCUUGUACGGGUACCUAUUCACGAAAAAUACAGAAGCUGCCUUCGCCAAUUACCGUCUGUGGGAAUCGGUCGGAUUUAUAAUGGCUUUCGGAUACAGCGCUUAUCUCGAGACUAGAAUCAAAAUGUACAUAGCGAUGGGAUGGCUUGUCGUGGGAAUGAGUCUGUACAGCGUAGUGGAGUUUCGUGACAGGAGGUCAAAGAAAUUCAGCAAUGAUAUCGUCAAGACUAAAUUGUGACAUUGUUUUACAUAAUGCAGUAUUUUAAGAGACCUGAAUCGUCUGAAGGAGGUUUAUACAACUUAGUUAACCAACUGUGUAUUGCUAUACAAUAUUGCGGUAAUACUGCCGUUAUACAUUGUACUUGAAAAAAAAAAUUCGAGCUCUUAUCUUUUUAUAACCGCCCCAAUUUGGGAAACACGUUAGUGAAGUAUUUUUGUGUACAAAUACGCAUUGGACAAGUUUGUUCUUUUCGUACAAAUGUGGUCUUCCGAAAGGUGAUAUAUUAAUUUGCCGGAUUUUUAUCAGAUGUACUUCUUGUCUUAUACUUAAUAAGUUCCUUUACUUGCCGCCCCCAAAUUACGCAUACAUGUGGUAUGUAUUAAAUACCGUGUUACAAGUGUGCCGCACGCACAACAAAAUCAAGCACAGACUAAUUUCCUCUAUCAUUACAGCUUCUAAUUCAAUGAAAUGGCUCUUAUUAUGUCUGGUAUGUACUCUAUAUAGUUGGUAAAUUUCACAGGCCUCGUGAUUCGCGAUUGUCUCAAUCUAGUUAGCAAAUAUUAAAUUUCGUACAAAACCGUUUUUGUAAUAAACUCUUCUACACAUUUAUGAGUAUGUAUAAUCAAACCCCGGAAGUAUAACAACCAUACUGUAUAUCUGAGGAACGCAAUGAUAUAGUUUCUUCUAACAUUUCUCUAGUAACUACAUGAACAACAUUACACCUCUCCUUCAAGUAUAAUUCAUCUACAAAUGACAUCAAUACUUUUAUACAUUAAAAAACUGUUGAAAGUCGCAUUUAAUGACGCCUUUUGCAGGUCAACUCAUCUAAUCAAAUUUAUUUCUGAUCCGAUUCCCUUCACGUGAAUUUCUACUAAUACCUUCUUAAUAAGAAUUGUAACCAGUAUGAAAUUAUAUCUGUAUAAGGCCGAUUUUAUUACAGAAUAGGCACUUGGUAUCAUCUGACAGAAAAAAAACUCUUCCAUUAGUCAUCUUCUGUUUCAAGACUAAUUGUAAGCGGAAACUGUAUUUAAUUGAUCUACGGAACUGAAGCUUUCGAGAAACAUUCUUAUAGUAGUAUAGUGUUUUGAUGAGGAUAAUUUGAUGAUUAUGUUUAAGUCAUACCAGCGUCAUAGCAAGAGAUCAAGGCCCAGUUGUUGAAAAGGUUAUUUAGCUAAACAACAAUUCUAAAAUCGUGAUUAUUUCUAAUAAAACAAGCUGUAAAAUUUCAUGAAACUAAAACACUCACCAGUCUCUUCCUAACAGCCUUUUUCAAGGAAAACACCCAAUCGGUUUUGAAGUAAAGGAGCUUUUUAAUAAUGUCAUUAAGCUAAUCAUCGUAUGAACAAAUAGGCCCUGCAAUCAAUACACAUCACUCUUUAUCUUAACAUUGAUUUUUGUUCAUUAUUUCACCUAGCUUCUAUAUUAAGCUUUGUUUUAUCUUAGUGACUACGCUUUUCGGAUUUUUGACCCUUUAUUCACUAACAUCACUGACAAGGGUCCUAGAGGACAACAGAGCUGUAGGUUAAGUUUUGUGUUCAUUAUUAGACCUACAAUGUACAUGUAACGAAAUUCUCAUUUGAAAGGUGCUAUUCAUGCGUGUCCCUUUAUUGUACAAUUCUUUACUGCAGCAAAAGUCACAAAGCAUAUCAGAAUUGACUUCGAACUAAAUAAUUCAUGAGUGAAUUAAAUGAUUCCUUUAUCAUAUUUUAUAUGUUUUGAUACAAUUUAGUAGCGUGACAUCUGUAUUUUUGUGUGAUAUUAUCUGUGUUUUUUCUUUGUGUAUAAAGUUAUUUGUGCAUAUUUUAGUAAAACAUAUUCUGUACAUGUAUUUGAUUAAAACCUUUGAAAACAUCCAUA